AUGGAAAGACACAAAUGCAAGCUAUGUUCAAGGACGUUUAGCAAUGGAAGAGCACUUGGUGGACACAUGAAGGCUCAUCUUGCCAUAGCUAAGUCUCAGAAACAACAAACUGUUUUGUUCUCGAGCUCUUCGUCGGAAUCGGAACAAGAAGAAGAGCACGAAGAAGAAAGGACUUUGGUUAGUUAUGGUUUGAGAGAGAAUCCAAAGAAGAGUCUGAAAACUGCAGAUCCUGGAUUUUCUUUCAAGCCUGAUCAAACUGAGUCUGUUAUUGUUCAAGAUAGAGAAAGUGAGACUGAGUCAAAGAACAAUCCGAUUCGUCAACAACGAUCCAAACGAAUCAGAAAACACAGCAGCAACAUCAGCAACAACAACAACAACGAGAAUUUUGAAUUGAAGAAACCGAAGAUGAGUUUCACUCUGAGAACAACUCUGUCAGCAUUCAAUGAUACUGAACCUGUUGAACCUGUUGAGCCUGUGAGUUCAGUUUCUGAUACUUCUCCUGAAGAAGACGUAGCUAUGUGUCUCAUGAUGCUGUCAAGAGACAAAUGGAGCAGGAAGAACAACGUCAACAAUGUGGUGGAAGAACAAGAAGAAGAGGGAUCCGUGGAGAAAAUACCGAAAGCAAAUUUGCUGAAACGAGUUCGUGGGAAGCAUUUAUGUGAAAAUUGUAGGAAAAUGUUUCGGUCUUCACGAGCAUUGGGAAGUCAUAGAAGUGUUUGUUGUCGCGACGGAAUAACAAAUGAUAACAGUAACUAUGACAAGAUUUUCGAAUGUCCGUUUUGCUUUAAGGUGUUUGGUUCCGGUCAAGCACUCGGUGGUCACAAGAGAUCUCAUUUGAUUCCUUCAUCAUCUAAUUCCGCAGUUAAUGUUAAUCUUCCGGCUAGAUUCAAAGAGAGUUUCAUAGAUCUCAAUUUGCCAGCUCCGCUCGAAGAAGACGACGAUCUUAGCGUUGUUUCAGAAGCCUAA